AUGGGAAAAUGCGAUCGACCGCCCAUGAUUUUCGAUUACUCGCUGCCGCUUUUUGAGUGCAGUCGUCAUGAUAUUCUUGGUCAAUCAUCUAGUUUAUACCAUCUUGAGAGUGAAAAUGGACAUCAAGUCGGCAUUCAGACAACAAAGAGAUCCCUAGGGAUCAGCAUCUCGAACACCGAUCAAGCGCUAACAUCGCUUCCGGUCAGCUGCCUACUAGCCGAGCUCAAGAUCUUAAAUACCGAACUCUGACGACUUGCCCUAUCAUCUAUCAUUGAGGUGACUUGAGCACCUUGUUUUAGUCCACAUAAUUACGUUUCACGACAUAUUUCCUCAUCCCCAUUCUCGGUUUUAGUACGAGGAGUGAUCAUGUGUUGUUUCAUAGCACUCAUUUUCUUUGUGUUUCGUCCAUUGAUGUAUUGGGUAAUUAAAAAAACACCCAAUGGGACCGAUCAUGAAGUGUACAUCACAACCACCAUGAUGGUUGCUAUAGGGUGUCAGAUUACACAUUGGACCGAUCGAUCUCCUUUAAUCGGUGCUUUUCUCUUCGGCCUAGCUGUCCCUGACGGUCCGCCGCUAGGGUCGGCAUUGAUAGACAAGUUUGAAUGCUUUACCAAUGGCCUCUUUCUUUCAGUCUACGUGACAUCGUCGACAAUGAGGGUUAGAUUACAGAAUUGGUUGUCGGAUCCGUCCCACGUCAAAUUUUCUAUCAUUUUUGCUAUCGCGACAUUCUUUGCCAAACUAAUACCAUGUUGCAUAGGUUCAUUUUUAAACUUUAUGCCUUUUAGGGACGCCUUGGCUUUUGGUCUCAUUAUGAGUAGCAAAGGCAUUGUCCAGUUGUCCCAUAUUUGUACUUUCAGGGACAAUAAGAUUAUAUCACAAAAUGUUUUUACCGCCAUGAUCUUUUGCAUUUUGGCAAAUGUAACUAUAGUCCCACUCCUGGUGAGGUUCCUUUAUGACCCGAAUUCAAGAAAAUAUAGAUCAUAUGAGACACGAAACUUAAUGCACUUAAAACCCGAUGCUGAGUUACGGGUUCUAGCAUGUGUACACACACCCGAUAAUGUCCCAGCUAUGAUCUAUUUACUUGAUCUCAGUUGCCCGACAAAAGAGAGUCCCAAUCUUGUUUAUGUCCUUCACUUGAUCGAGCUAAGGGGUCGAAAUUCACCAGUGUUUAUAGCUCACCACAAUCAAGAAACUAGCACCGCUCCUAGUAGUUUCUUCGAGAACAUCAUUCCAUUCUAUGAGUACGAGGGGAACAAUUGGGAUUUGGUCACGGUUAACGCUUUCACAACAAUUACACCACUGAAGCUCAUGCAUGAUGAUAUUUGCACAAUGGCUCUCGACAAGAAAACGUCUUUUAUAAUUCUUCCGUUCCAUAGAAAAUGGUCGAUUGAUGGAUCACUUGAAGAAGAAAAUAAUGUGGUAAAAAACUUGAAUUGCAACAUCUUGGACCAAGCACCGUGUUCAAUCGGGAUCCUAAUCGACCGUGGGAGGAUACAGAAAUCGAUGAAGCCGUCAUCACCAUCUUUCUCAAUUGGGAUGCUUUUCUUGGGCGGAAAUGACGAUAGAGAGGCUUUAGUACUGGCGAAAAGGAUGGCUCGAGACCCUCGGGUGAAGCUAACCGUGAUCCAUCUUACUGCGUAUCAAGAUUGCAAGAACGUUGUAUACUGGGACACAGUGUUGGAUAUCGAGAUGUUGAAAGAUGUUAAGCAAAAUAAUGGAGUACUGGGUAAUGGUUGUGACAUAAAGUACGUAGAAGAAGUGUCAAAUUCCGGAGCGCAAACUAUAAAGCUCAUUAGGUCAAUCGCCAACGGUUAUGAUUUAAUGAUCGUCGGUAGACGCUACGGGGUGGAGUCGAUACUAUUGACGGGCUUAUCAGAAUGGAGUGAAUUCCCUGAUCUAGGGGUUGUCGGAGACCUUUUUGCAUCCAUGGAUUUAGAUAGUAGGGUAUCUGUAUUAGUUGUGCAACAACAAAAAUGUAUAAAUGUAAGAGAACCACAUUUCCGUUUAAAAGAUUAUCAUUGUUUUUCUGCACUUGUCACCCUCCAUGAGCCCCAAUCCUAUCGUGAGGCUAAUGCUAAUCCUUCUUGGCAGCAAGCAUUGAAGAAAAGUCAUACUUGGGCUUUGGUUAAUCCUCCACUUGGCAAGAUAUUGAUUGGUUAUAAAUGGGUGUACAAAAUCAAGACUUAUUCAAAUGGAUUUGUUGAGCGCUAUAAAGCUCGACUUGUAGUCAAAGGAUACACCCAAGAGUAUGGUAUUGACUAUAAGGAAACCUUUGCUCCUAUGGCUCGUCUCACUUCUGUUCAUAGUCUAUUAGCCAUAUUUGCAGUUAAACCUAGAAAUUGCAUCAGAUGGAUGUCAGUAAUGCCUUUCUCAAUGACCCCUCGAACUUGGUUUGUAAAAUUCAGCACCAUUGUAUUUGUAUUUGGCUUUGUAUCAAGUCCUCAUGAUUCUGAGUUAUUUGCUCGGUACUCUGUUCAAGAAAGCUCUCUCAAGCACUAUAACAGGAAGCUCAUUGAGCCUUGUAACGGGAAGCUUAUCCGGGCAAUACAACAGGAAACACACAAAGAACCUAUAACGGGUAGCUCCGAAGAGCAAUUAAUGGGUAGCUCCGAAGAGCAUUUAACGAGUAGCUCCGAAGAGUACUUAACGAGAAGCACUGGAUAG